UGUUUCAUACUAGAUAGGUUUGUAAUUGUAAUUGCUACUACUACAGCUUUUAAGAUAAAACUAAUUUGUUCAAUAAUCACACGGUAGUCGCAGCCGAAUCUAUAAUUGUGGCAAUCAUAUUCCAACGGAAGUUCAGCGAUGGCGCACUACGGCAAUAAAACCGCGGAUAAAGCAAGUAACACGGAAUAUGGAAAUUCAUACUAUAAAACAAGUGAGAGUGAGAGUAAAAUUAAAAGUGAACAAAUAGUAAUCGGUAAUGAAAACGCAGGAAAGCUGGGAACUACAAAUCGGUGUCAAUAUUUUAAGAAAAUUCUACGCUUUUUAACCAUCACUGCAGUAAUAUUGACCACGGUUUAUGUAUCUGCAAAGGCCUCGAAGCGUUACAUUAACAAUUGGGUGCAAACCGUUAUCGAACGCACCGAUGUGCAUAUUGGUGAAAUACCGUUUCCCGCUGUAUCCAUUUGCCCACUAAUCGGCAUCAAUUGGACACACAUACCUCAUAUGAAAAUACAGUUAUUGGGCAAUAAUUACAGUGCAGUAAUUGAAGAGCAGUUCGAUCAGCAACUUCGUAAACUAAUCUAUGCACAACAAAUGGGAGAUUUUGAAAAGAAUGGAAGAGACUCCUUAAAUGGUAGUGUGUCUCAUGCAGAUGGUAUACAAUUAUCUAAUGAUGAUGGAUAUGCUUGGAAAUCUGAGACUUCUAACUACACAUGGAAUGAUUUACAACAAAUGCUUGUCUAUAAUUGCGGAAAGUUCUUCAAGAAAUGUUUUUGGCGUAGCGUCGAGUUGCCUUGUUGUGAAAUUUUCCGAUUCACUCCGAUUUAUAGAGGUUAUUGCUUCUCUUUCAAUAUGCUUCACAAUGAGGUAAUUAUUGUGUUGAAUAAUGUAAAAUUAGUCUCUGAUUUAAGCCCGAUUUUUCCAAAGAAGAAAAAGGAAUCCAAUGAAAGCUCUCUCAGAACCUCUUUUGGUACUGGUACUGGUAAUGGUUUGCGGGUAUAUGUUCACAAGAUGAAAAUGGAUAAAUUGACGAUCGUCGUCCACGAACCCAGUGUUGAGCCAGAUACCCAAGCUAAAUUCCUUGAUGGUCAACGUACAGUAAUCAUGGUCAAUCCAAUACGUUUUACAUCCGAUCCUGAAAUAGCCACGAUACAUCCAACAUUGCGACGCUGUUAUUUUACUAGUGAAAUGCAAAAGAUGAACCUAACAGAGAGCGCUUGCAGACGCAAAUGUCGCCUGAAAUAUGUGCUCAACAAGUGUAAUUGUAGCUUAGAAACAGAAACUAUUCUGCAGAGCGUCACUAAUGAAGUCAAUAUUACAACCGAAUUUUGUAGUCUUGCAAAUGUGGGCUGCUUAAAUGAUUUGGAAGAUUACAUUAACUUUUAUGAGAGCAAAAAUCAUUAUGAGGAAGCUUUAUACCGAAGCGGUUUGAAUUGUUGCUGCUAUCACAACUGUGAUUACGUGCAAUAUGACGCAUCGGUUUAUGGAGCAGAUUCUUCGGUUGAGGAUCUCAGCGCGAAUUUUACUGAGCUUCAAGUGUAUUAUCAACAUUCGACUUUCUUUUCCUAUCGCUCUACAUUGGUUGCCACUUGGGUGGAUUUGCUCGUUUCUUAUGGCGGCAUAGCUGGACUGUUUCUGGGCAUUUCUGCCAUGAGCUUAAUCGAGUGUUUUAAACAGUCAUGUGGUCGUUGGAAACGGCGUAUUAUUGACUUAUAUAUUUAUUUAAAGCAUAUUAUUCAUUCAUUGUCAUACUAAAAUAUUAUAAUAGCAGCAAUAAUUUAUUGUUUGUAAAAUAUUUGUUAUUAAACAUUCUGUAAGUACCCAUAUUGAGUGCAUACUGCUAAAAUGACGUCAGCAUAAUCAGUACUGGUAUGUUAAGUAAGCUGAUAUGUUAAUUAUUUCAGUGUUUACAGAUUUACUGUAUUUACAUAUAUAAUACACAUAGAACAUAAUUUCAGGCAAAAUAUAUAAUAAUUAUUGUAGGAUUUAGAUAACAUAAAUGCACUACAAGCCUAAUCAGAUAACUGAAAUAUAAUUACUCUUUGUGGAAGUCGAUAUUAAUCACUUCAAUUACUGUUACAUUAUUUAUAUACAUACCCUCAUACAUCUUCCAACAUAUCGAAAAGCUAUUAUUAAUAAUCUCAUUUGAUAGACUUUUUUUCUGUUUCUACAAAAAUUUAACUGAUAAAAUAGAGCAAAUCGGUGUUAAUAUUAACCUAAUAAAUAUGAAACAUUAAACAUCUCUUAAAGCGUCGUUAGAUAUUUAGUCGAACCCUUCCCCCGACACCAGAUUAUUUUACAUAUAAUAUAGCUAUAAAUUGUAUGCCGUAAUUGAUUAACCUUUGAAUAACAGAAAUGCGAUCGUGUUUUAAAUUUUCCUGCCACGCAAAUACCAAGGGGACUUAAUGGGUAAAGGUGUUGAAAAAAUAAAGUAUUUAAUUUGACAGUCAACUAUUUGAUAUCAAUUUUAUUAUUUUGAUUCAAUAUGUGGAGUUUGUUAAAAUGUACUUGAUAUGUUAUGUUAUGCU